UAUACUUUUUCCAAUUUGUUUAUCCAUAUAUCACAAUUAAUAUUUGCAAUUCGUUGGAACUUUAUACAUAAUCAAUUAAAUAUGAGGAAAGUCAGGAUACAAAAUCGACUUAAGUAUUCGAAAAUGGGAUGUUGGAAUAUUCUGAAAAAACAGGCCGCCGACUUUUGCUCCAAUACCGGAUUACACGGUUACAAAUAUAUUAGUCAAACUCAACAUCCUAAAGCGGAGCGGAUUAUUUGGGCGAUAACGGUAAUUACAUCAUUAUGCUGUGCUUUCAUUUUAAUAAAAAUGUCUUUGAAUUAUUAUAUUAGUCAUCCCACCCUGACAGUUAUCAAAUCAACGCAUAAUGAAAUAGGGAAUUAUCCAUUUCCGGCAAUAACAAUAUGCGAUAUUAAUCGCGUGUCUUACAAAUUAACCGAGGAAUUCGUCAAAAAUUUGAAGACACCAUCCAAUAUGUCGAAAAAAUUUUUAAUUGAAGAAAUGCGAUUGAUGAAUGAAUUGUUAAUACCAGGAAUAUUUGGAUAUGACGUUGAGAAAAAUCUUACUCGCCUACAAGAUAUUAUAGAUGAUAACAGUAUGUCCAUUCUUGAUGUAAUACAAUUGAUUACACAAAAUUGCAGUACCCUAAUAAGAAGAUGCAAGUGGAAGGGCACAGUCGAUCAUUGUGACAAAUAUUUCCAGCCAGCUUUGGCACGGGAUGGCUUAUGCUGCAGUUUUAAUUAUUAUGUUUAUCCAGAUACAAUACCUGAGAAAUUGGAGCAAUCUUCUGCCUGUGGUUUCGAGACUGGUAUGACUGUAAUACUAGAUAAUGAUCCCAAAGAUUAUUAUUCUGCUAUUAUCGGGGCAUAUGGAGUAAAGGUCAUGAUACACUACUCGUUCGAUUAUCCAGAUUUUAAUUCCGAAAUUCAAUUAGCACGAACAAAUAGUGAACAUUUCCUGAGUGUUACACCUGAGGAAAUGUAUUCAAAUUCCGAUAUGAAGAAUUUAGCGAUUUCUACACGAAAAUGUAUACUUAGUGAUGAAGCAAACAAAACACUAUAUACAAAUGUCAAAGAGAGAAAUUUAACUUUUGCGAUAUAUACAUAUCACAACUGUCUUGCAGAAUGUCGAGCUAGCAUUUUAAAAAAAAAAUGCGGUUGCAUCCCUUAUUACUUUCCACAAAAUAGUACUAGAGUAUGUAACCUCAGGGAUGUCCAAUGUUUACUGAAAAAUAAGUCGUUUUUCGAUGCUUCAUGGCCAAAUGUGGAUGAAACUGACAACAAAAGAUUAUUACAAAAGAUAAAGAAUAUGAAAACGGGACCUUGCGGAUGCAUACCCGAUUGCACUCUAUUUUAUUAUCCCUUGGGAAACUCUUAUGGAACGCUCGAUUCUACUAUUUACUAUAACGAUAAUGGUUUUUUAAAGGACUCUCGUAACGGCACUAGCUUACUCAAUCACACUAUAGUACAUGUAUUCUUCAACGAUUUAGUUGCCAUUCAGUAUCGACGAUCAGUUAAUUAUAGUUGGCGUAAUAUCUUCGGUAAGAUAUAAAUAAACAUUCAGGUUAAAAAAAAUACAUAUACAGAUAGUAAUAUAUAGUAAUA